AUGCCCACCAUCUCGGUUGAUAAGGCCGCGCUCUACAAGGAGCUCGGACGGGAGUACACCACGGAGGAAUUCGAUGAGUUGUGUUUCGAAUUCGGUAUUGAGCUCGAUGAAGAUACAACGAACUCGGACAGACCCAUCGUCGAUGGAAAGCAGGAGCCGCCGCAGUUGAAGAUCGAGAUCCCGGCUAACCGAUAUGAUUUGUUAUGUUUCGAGGGCAUUCAGCUUAUGCUGAACAUCUUCCUGGGCCGGAAGGCCCUCCCCAACUACCGGACGAUUGAGCCUGCCAAUGGGCAACUGGAGAAGAUCAUUGUCAAGGAGGAUACCAUGAAAGUCAGACCCUUGGUCUCGGGAGCCAUCCUGCGCAAUAUCAAGUUCGACAAAGCUCGCUAUGAAUCUUUCAUUGCUCUGCAAGACAAACUCCACCAGAACCUCGCCAGGCAAAGAACGCUCGUGUCGAUCGGUACUCAUGAUCUGGAUACUAUCCAGGGCCCUUUCACUUACGAGGCUCUGCCACCUAAAGACAUCAAAUUUGUGCCCUUGAACCAAACGAAAGAGUUGAACGGCGAGGAAUUGAUGGCAUUCUACGAGAAAGACAAGCACUUGGGCAAAUUCCUCCAUAUCAUCCGGGACUCGCCAGUCUACCCUGUCAUCUACGACUCGAAGAGAACCGUUUGCUCUUUGCCACCCAUCAUUAAUGGUGAUCACUCGAAGAUUACCCUUGAUACCAAGAAUGUCUUCAUUGAGAUCACAGCUAUUGAUAAUACAAAGCUGGAUAUCGUGACCAAGAUCAUGAUUACGAUGUUCUCUCAGUAUACUUCUGAGCCAUUUACUGUCGAACCCGUCCAGAUUGUCUCUGAACACAACAAUGAGACCAGAAUCGAGCCUGACAUCGUUCCCCGCACUACACAGGCGGAGGUUUCUUACAUCAACCAGUGCUGUGGACUGGAGCUUUCGGCGGAGGAUAUCUGCAAGCUUCUGACCAAGAUGGCUUAUCGGGCACGUCCGUCCGCAUCAUCCCCCGAUGUCAUUGAUGUGGACAUCCCUCCUACUCGCGCCGACGUCCUUCACCAAGCAGAUAUCAUGGAGGAUGUUGCUAUUGCCUACGGUUUCAACUCUCUGCCGCGAUCCUUCCCAAGCAAGUCCGGUACCAUCGCUCAGCCUCUGCCCAUCAACAAGCUCACCGAUAUUGUUCGGAUGGAGGCCGCAAUGGCCGGCUGGUCCGAGGUCCUGCCUUUGAUCCUGUGCUCUCACGACGAAAACUUCGCUUGGCUCAACCGCAAAGACGACGGCAACACUGCAGUCAAGCUGGCGAACCCCAAGACCCUCGAGUUCCAGGUCGUACGCACAAGCCUGCUGCCUGGUCUGCUCAAGACCAUCCGCGAAAACAAGCACCACGCAGUCCCCAUCAAGAUCUUCGAGGUUAGCGACGUGGCCUUCAAAGAUCUGGCCUUGGAACGGAAGAGUCGCAACGAGAGACACUUCGCGGCGGCUUGGUACGGCAAGACGAGCGGUUUCGAGGUUGUGCACGGUCUGCUGGACCGCGUCAUGGCCAUGCUGAAGAGCGCCUUCAUCACCGGCGAGGAGGGUCUCGAGAACCCCGCCGUCAGCGACUCACAUUACUGGAUCGAGGAGCUCGAUGAACCCACCUACUUCCCCGGCCACGCGGCGUCCAUCCACCUCCGCAUUGCCGGCAAAGACCACGUUAUUGGUGCCUUCGGCAUCCUGCACCCGACAGUCUUGGAAAACUACGACCUAAAAUACCCCGUGAGUACUUUGGAGGUCAACAUUGAAGCUUUCCUGUAA